AUGAGGGGCCCUUGGUUAGCAAUCGUAGAGGCAAGUGCAUGGCUAGUCAAACAACUACUAGAAAGCCAGGCAUUCCACCGAGGCGUCCGAAGGGUUCACAAGAGCAUAUACCGCCUACGACAUGGUCCUCUAGAAGGAGAUGAAGGAGGCACAAACCUCGAGAGACAAGGGCCAGGCUUCGGUUCACACUUUUGGGACGAGAUUCAAUCACAAGUCGGUCGCAAGAAGGUCGAAAGUAAUCCUCUGGAAAAGUCCGACCCGACACGCACAACACAAGCACAUCACCCCACGCCGAACCGACCUACGCAAGACGGCAGUGCUCGCUCCAAACCAGAUCUCCCACCUGAAACACCCAAAGAAGGCUUCCUGUCUCACUUCAUGGACGAACUCCGCUCGCAAUCUCGUGGCCGCCACAAGAACCCUUGA